AUUUUAGACUAUAUAAUAUAUUCCGUUGCAGUGAUUUUGAGAUUAUUUUAUCAUAGUUUUGUGGCUGAUAUAACCAGGCUUCAUUGCUUUUAUCAAUCAUCAUUACAUAAUUGAAAUCUGAUGAAUAUGCUAUCCUCUUAAAAUUGAAGAAACAAGAGAGUUUUGUCUAUAAAUUGGAAGCUUUGAGUUUUUCUCUUAUGAUCUCCCAUACAUAUGCCAUAGAGGUUUAGUCUUGACGAUGGAUGCUCUUGGGAUGACCGCCACAGCUAAUUAUGACUGCUUGCUCUUUGAUCUGGAUGACACUUUAUACCCGCUGAGUUCAGGCCUUAACUUGGCUUGCCGCAAAAACAUAGAAGAGUUCAUGCUGAAGCACUUGAAUAUCGAUGAAAGAGAUGUACCAAGGAUGUGCUUGGAGUUGUACGGGGAACAUGGAACAACAAUGGCCGGUCUAAAGGCUCUUGGUUAUGAAUUUGACAACGAUGAAUUUCAUGCUUACGUUCAUGGAAAAUUACCAUAUGAAAAACUGAAGCCCGAUCCAGUGCUGAGGAACCUGCUACUCUCCGUGCCACAGCGUAAAAUUAUAUUCACCAACGCUGAUCAGGCGCAUACAGUUCAAGUUCUCAGUAGGCUGGGGUUGGAAGAUUGUUUUGAAGGCAUCAUUUGCUUUGAAACUCUGAACCCUCCUCCUCUUGAACCCGCUGAUAACAUCGAUGCAUUAAAUGAAGAUGCACUUCUUGCUGGAGAUGAACAAGACCCCUAUCUAACCACACACUAUAUCGAGGAUAAUAGUAUCGGCUCCAAGGCAAGAAUCCUCUGCAAACCCUCGCUGGAAGCUAUGGAAGCUGCUAUUCGGAUUGCAAAUGUUGACCCAAAGAAAACAAUUUUCUUUGAUGACAGUGCUCGUAACAUUGCAAGUGGAAAAGCAGCAGGUCUUCACACGGUUAUUGUGGGGAGCUCAGUAUUGGUGGCUGGAGCAGACCAUGCCUUGAGCAGCAUCCACAACUUCAGAGAAGCAAUUCCUGAAAUGUGGGAAGCCGAAGGAGGGCAGCUUCAACAGGUUAUCCAGCCCACCUCAGUCGAAACCAUAGUUCGUGCCUAGAUGGUGGCUCAUAAAUUAAGUCACAGUCUAAGUUAAUUCCGCUGUAAAUUUCUACUUUUGUCACUCCAGAAAAUCCAGAAUUAUUAUUAAGUUGCUUUAUAUUAAGUAUGCACUAUGUAUCCAAGCCAAAGUAACGGGACAAGGGCCACUAAUAAAUUAUUAAAAAAA